AUGGCAAAGAAGAAUGUCACCUUAGUGACCGAAUUCCUCCUCGUGGCAUUCACGGACCGUCCUCAGCGAGCACGUCCUCUCUUCCUCCUGUUUCUGUUUAUCUAUCUCAGCACCUUGUUGGGGAACUUGGGCAUGAUUACCCUGAUCCAUGUGGAUCGCCGGCUGCACACCCCAAUGUACUUCCUUUUGAGUCACCUCUCUUUCACGGACAUCUGCUACUCGUCUGUCACUGUGCCUCAGAUGAUGGCAGUGCUGCUGGAGCUGGGGGCAGCUCUGUCCUACCCGCGCUGUGCUGCUCAGUUCUUCCUCUUCACCUUCUUCGGCUCCAUCGACUGCUACCUGCUGGCCCUCAUGGCCUAUGACCGCUAUGUGGCCGUGUGCCGACCCCUGCUUUAUGUCACCGUCAUGACGCAGAAGGCCCGCUUGGGUUUCGUGGCCGGGGCUUACGUCGCCGGCCUCUUCAGUGCCUCGGUGCGGACAGUCGCGGCGUUCACUCUCUCCUUCUGCGGAACCAAUGCCAUCGACUUUCUUUUCUGUGACCUCCCUCCUCUUUUAAAGCUGACCUGUGGGGACAGCUACACCCAGGAGAUGGUCAUUAUUGUGAUCACUAUUUUUGUUAUCCCUGCCUGCAUGGUGGUGAUCCUGGUGUCCUACCUGUUUAUCAUCGUGGCCAUUAUGAGGAUCCCCUCUGCUGGAGGCAGGACCAGGACCUUCUCCACCUGUGCCUCGCACCUCACCGCCGUGUCGCUCUUCUUCGGGACCCUCAUCUUCAUGUACCUGCGGGACAGCGCGGGCCAGUCCUCAGAGGUGGACCGGGUGGUGUCUGUGUUCUACACGGCAGUCAUCCCCAUGCUGAACCCCCUCAUCUACAGCCUGAGGAACAAGGAGGUGAAGGCGGCCCUAAGGACAAUUCUCAACAGAACCAAGUUGUCCUAA